AGUGAGGAAGACCAAAUUGCUUUACAGAGCCAGAAAUAACAUAAAACAACAGAUAAAUACAAAAAACGGAGCAGAACUAAAGAUGAUUUGUUUCUUCAUUACAGAAUACAGACUGGACACUGACCUUUAACAGCAAUAUGUAACCUACAAGAACAUGUUUUCCUGGGCAUUUAAUUGUCUAGAAACAAAUAUUGUAACCAGUUACAAUCCAACCACUGGCUUAGCAAGUAGAGUUGUCGGUUGCGGUUCUGCCACCAGACAAUUUGCCCCUGGGCAAGUCACUCAAACCUUUAAAUGUAUCUGUAUGAACGUGCGUUUUUGAGUGCGAUGGGAUGAAUUUAGCUCUAGUGACUGUCGACUGACUGCGAUGGUGUAGAAAUUAAAGGUAUCUUGAUAGAUAUUGAUAUUUGCACAACGGAGCCAAACCCGAACGCAUCACAUGCGAUGGAUUGGGAUGCUGCUCUACAGCAGGUGUCAAAAUGUUGGCUGAAACAUGAUGAUCAAUGACAUGGCAUUGAUCAGACGUCCUCAGAUUAUUUAUUUAAUAAUAAUAAUAAUGAGAUAUAAGCAUUUUCCUGUUGCUUGCACAUUCAAAACUACAAAAGCUCAAUAUGAUAUGAGACAAUGUUCCUGCAUGGUUCUAAUUCACCGCAAAGGUAUACAUGUUUCUUUAAUGGAGCCAAAAUAAGAUUUGUGUUUGGACUUGGACCCUGUUUCUCUGGAUAAAUUGCUCCCGUCAUAUCCUGUCCACAGAGAAAGACCUCUUAUAACCAAACACAAGUGCAGAGUCACACAGGCAUCCUGCAGGAGAGAAGACAGUCGCAUCUGUGUAGUGUCUGAGGCUGGGAGGCAAGCUGAUUUCUGUUUUUCUUUUACUCCCCUAGAUAGUUUGGUUAUUUUUUGCUUUGAUCUCUUGUAAGUUGAUGCUACAUAACAUUACUCUGCAAAUACUGACUCAGUCAUCUUAGGUUGUUAAAUUCUGAAAGGUAGCGUGUAACUCCAUUUUGCUUCCAAUUUAGGGACUUUCUUGGAUGGAAAGGGUGUGUACAAACAGUAAAGAAUGGUUCCUGUUAAACUCCUCAUUCUGGGAGCUCAGAACACUGGAAAAACAGGUAAAGUGGACAACUUAAGACUUCAAGGGGGAACGGACAGCAGAUCGGUUGUAUGAAUGUUCCUGAGCUAGCAAAAGAGAGGUUUCGGGAUAAGUUCUGGUUCAAAAGACAGAAAAAUGGAAACUUGGCUCUGAAGCUGACCCACAAAUGUUUUGCUGUCAGAUUAGUGUGAGCAUGGACAGGUUACAUGUGUUAGAUGGAGGACGUGUUUCUGAUUUUUGCUUCAGUGGUAAAAAUCUGGCAUAAAAUAUGAUGUUUGCAUUUCUGGAUCUCUUGCCUUAUAUUGUCUUUUGUGUCGCUGUGGUCGUCUUCCAUAGUGCCUUUGAAAUCAAACAUUUAUUCCCCUUUGGAACCACGAACUUCAGUGUGUUUUAUGAGAGUAACGUCUGAUUUUAAUGUGGAAAGAAAAUCAAGCGCCCUAAAUGUUUACUGCAAACCUUUUAUUAUUUCCCUUCCACUGCACAAUAAUGCACUACUUUGUGUUGAUACAAACAGAAAAUACCAAUAGAUCAAUUGUUAAUCUCUAAAUGUGCUUCUUUUUGAGAACUUAGGUAAAAUUUUUAUGCUAUCUUGCUCUGCUUUGCACUGCUUUACAAUUUCUUACUCUCAAUUUGUAAAGAAAAAGCGUUUUCUUUAGAGUUUGCAGGAUUUUGCAUCUCAAUUUAACGCUUUCUGUGUUCUUAAGCCUGCUUCAAUAGGAUUAUCUCUCAGAAGCACUGCCUUAUGUGUGAAAUUUCUUUUGUAAGUCAGCAUGUGUUAUGCCUCGGGUUGGGCACUGUACAGUGAUCAUGUCUGUUUUCUAUCUCCAGCACUGUGUGUUCGGUUUAUAACGAAGCGUUUUAUUGGCGAAUAUGACCAUAAGAAGGAGGUGACAUACAGAUGUAGUCGGACGGUGGACCAGGAAACUGUUGAUCUGGAGAUCUUGGAUUUACCUUGUAAGAGCUCUGAGGCUUCUAUUGAGUCCUCCAUUCGCUGGGCCGAUGGUUUCCUACUGCUCUACUCUAUCACUCAGCGCUCCAGCUUCCUGGAAAUCCCUCGACUUAAAACGCUCAUCGACCAAACCAAACAAAGUCUCGUUUUUCCUACAGUGCUGGUAGCCAACAAGGCAGAUCUGGAAGUCGGCAGGAAGGUGACAACAGAGGAGGGACAGAGACUUGCCAAAGAUUUAGGAUGUGGCUUCAGAGAGCUGUCAGUAGCUGAGGCAGUUUUAUCAGUGGAAGCAGCAAUUUUCCAACUCAUCAGCCUGCACUGGCGUUGCUUCUAUGUUGUUUCGUGUGCGACAGGCUGACGUUGGAUCAGCAGCGCCCCCUACCUGACAGGCGCUCCUACAUGCUGACAGUCCGCCAUGCUUUGACCAGGAAGCUGACGCGCUCAAAGACCAUGCAGUGGUGACAGCGGCAAGCUAUUCAGCUAGGAUUUGACUUUUGAGUGAUUUUAUCUGGAGGUAUUUUAUAAAUAAAAACAAAAUUAUCAAUGAUAAAUUUGUAUUUGUGUAAGGAUAAAAGCGAAAUUAGCUACGUUUCUUCUGUUGGUGUCUUUUCUUUUAAUAAAACUGAA